AUGUCUCUGGGAAUCAGACAACUCACUCCAGCCGUCCUACCGGACGGCGCUCCCCCCGGUACCGGCUCAGUCCCGCAUCCCAUUCGGAGGGGGGGGGUGGGAGGCGGACACCCCGCUCACCCCGGGCUGUGCCACGCAGCAUUCCCGGUCCUGGUCUACAUCCACGGCGGAUACUGGCAGUGCCUGAGUAAGGACGAGUCGGGGUUCGCAGCCCCCCCGUUGGUGUCGCGGGGGGUGGCGGUGGUGGCGGUGGGCUAUGACAUAGCUCCCCAAGGCCACAUGGACGCCAUGGUGCUGCAGGUGCGGCGCAGCCUCGCCUUCCUGGUGCGGCGGUACUCCGGCAUCAGAGGUGUGUACCUGUGUGGACACUCGGCAGGGGCCCACCUGGCAGCCAUGGUGCUGGCCACGGACUGGACGGAGUACGGGGUGACGCCAGAUAUCAAAGGAGCGGUGCUGGUGAGCGGCGUGUACGACCUGGAGCCCAUCCUGCACACCUACGUGAACGAUGUGCUGAACAUGAGCCGGGAGGUGGCCCAGAGGAACAGCCCCAUGCUGUGCAUCCCCCCAGCAGUGCCAACGUCCUGUGAGGUGCUCGUGGCUGUGGCCCAGCACGACUCCCCGGAGUUCCGCAGGCAGUCGCAGGAGUACGGCCAGGCCCUGCGUGCAGCCGGCUGGUCUGUCUCCCUGCUGGAUCUCGCCGGUGUGGAUCACUUUGACAUCAUCGAGAAGCUGUCAGAGGAGAGCUACGUUCUCACUCAGGUGAUUCUGAACAUGAUUUCAAGAGCUUGAUGGCACAUCAGGAGCAAACUGAACGGGAACCGCAGCCCUGCGCGGUGGCGACAGGCAGCUGCCUGCACCCUGCCCUCUCCGCUCUGCCCACCCUGCAGCCGUGCAGGGUCCCUGAACACCAGUUAUCACCGAUUCUCGCUGGGCUGGUGUUCCUAUGCUGGGCUCUUCCUGCCCCUCUGGAGCUUCCCUGCCCCUCAGGGCUGCAGGGCUCUGCCUGGAUGACCCGGUGAUGAAGUUUGUUCCCUCUUUUUUCCUUUAAACCGCUUAUUGCCAAUACAAAAUGCAACGGGAGUAA